GUUCAUGAAAAUGACAGUUACAUUUGCUUUGUUGCAAACAACAUUAGCAACGUCUCAUUCAAUCUUGAUUCCAGUGUUGUCAACCUGUGUUUCUCUUGUUACCUCGGUGAUCUUUCUGACCAUUGUAUACAGGAAACAACAGAUUCUUUCAAAAUUGGAUACUUUAACACCAUCAGAAAGGACUCCAUUAGAGUUUGUGUCAGUUCUAAAGAUGUCUUUGCCUAUGGGACUAAAGGAGCUAAUAGAUCGAACAGACCCAUUCAUAUUAAACAUAAUACUUGCAAACAUAGCUAAAACUUCAUAUGAUCAUGGUACUAUUCUUGGAUAUUUCAAUGUUAUACACACAGGAGGAUAUAUGUUGACCAAAUGGCUCUUUGCAAUUCCGACACUAAUAACUGUAUACUUGUCAAACAUAGACCUUAAUUCAUCCGAGCAUGACUUCAACCUCAAUAUGGAAGCAAAGUUCCACAGACUGGUCAAUUUCAUAAUAGCUAUUGUGACAGUAUCUCUUAUUACAACCACCUUAGUGGCGUGGGUCACACCAUUAACAAAGAUGUUUUUCUCUGGACUUUUGCAUAUUCCAGCCGAGCAGUUCUAUCUUUUGGAGUACCCUUUCAAAAUAUGGACAUUCAGCCCAAUUAUAUAUGGAUUGAACACAUUCUCACUGGGUAUGUUGGUGAAACAGAAAGACACUAAGAUCCUUGUUAUAAGCUCUCUAGUGCAAGUUAUAAUGCUACCAGGUUUGCCAUAUUUAUUUUCUCAAGUAGGUAUGGAAGGAUUGCUCUCUGGUAUUGUAUCACUGUACCUUGCCCAGUCUGCAGGUACUUUUCUUCAAUACAUUUAUUACUUUUUCAAGUAUGUUUCCUUCAAAACAGAUUCAAAAAAGAUUGCAUAAUGCUAGGCCCAUAGCCAGGAAGUCCAGGGACUUCAAACAAAUCCCUGACCAAAAAUGAUUUCAAUUUUAAGGUAAUUUGAUCCAAAGUUGUCAAAUGUGACCCCCCUUAGAUUUCUUUUGAAAAGUGAACCCCCCUUGGCUAAAGUUGGCCAGGGGGCUGAAUUAUGC